UGCGGGCUUUCCUAGCUCUCACCUUCCCCAAACGGGGCCUGCCUUGGCUGACCAAGCUAGCCCGCCAACCGGUCCACUCGUCCGUCCCCGUCCACUCGAUCAGCAAGCGGGGAUCCGAAUUCGGAGCCUCUCCUUUUGCCAAUUCCCUCUUCGUCUUCCUCCUCGCCUCCUCCUCCCCCUUCCAUUACGCCACCACGAAAUAGCUAAACAAUUCUACAAAUGGACUCGCCCAUGUGAUUGUUUAGCAGCGUCCGGGUCUUUCCUCCCGUCUCUCCCUCUCUUUCCUUUUCCAACAUCUUCCGCAACCCACCAACCAUGGCUGAUUCAACGCGCCGCUCCUAGUACCAAGCCGCCGCCUCGCGGUGACCUGCUCGUGGAAAUUGGGCAGUUUAUAUGUAGAGGCAGACGCAGAUGACGCGAACGGUUGUCCGCGCUCGUGCUUCCAAGGACAGAGAGGCAGGCAGCCGAGAGCGGAAUUGCUGGUCGGAUUAGGUGCGCAAGGACGGAGCGAUCCGGCUCGGGGUGAGCGCGCGGCGCGAUGGAGAAGGGGAGCAGGGGUAUGUCCUGCCGCGCCGCCAUCUGCGGCAUCGUCGCGCUCCUCAGCGCCACCGCCUUCUCCUGCUCCGUCGCCGCCGAGUUCCGCAAAGUCAAGGUCAAGGACAUGAAGCUGGACGGCAGCCUCUGCUCGCUGCCCAGGAGUUCCGCCUUCGAGCUGGGCGUGGCCGCCAUCGCGUUCCUCCUCGUGGCGCAGCUCGUGGGCACCAGCGCCGCCGUGACCACCGCGUACGCCGCCAAGCCCAAGAAGAGCGCCGCCGCCAGGGGCCGCGUCGCGUUCAUCGCCCUCCUGGCCCUCUCGUGGUUGAGCUUCGCGGUGGCAGUGAUCCUCCUGGCGACCGCGGCGAGCAUGAACCACGGGCAGCGGUACGGGCGCGGGUGGAUGGACGGCGACUGCUACGUGGCCAGGAACGGCGUGUUCGGCGCCGCCGCGGCGCUGGUCGUCGUCACGGCGCUCACCACCCUCGGCCUCACCUUCGCCACCGAACCGACCGCGGCCAUGGCGCCCGCACCCGCGGCACCGGACGCAUGCGCGAGCAGGACGCAUCCCGAGGGCGCUGCAGCCGACGCCGAACAACCGGACGGGCGAUCCAAGCAAUGAUCAAUGAGGCAAGCAGGCAGACUGGCUGGAGUGGGGCGGACUAACCGGAGGCGGCGGUUGGUGAGCGGCAACGUUGGCGGCGCAAACGGCCGCGCCGCGUGGUGGGGCAGCGUGGUGGGCUGGCUGGUGCCUGGCGGGGCAUCGGGAAAGUGGGAGGCGGCCGCCGGACCGGACGGGUGGGGCCGCCGGGGCGCAUGCAUAUACGCUGCCGCCGGUUAGUUGGAUAUUUAGCAGCCGCCGGCCGGGACAGAGGUACAUAAUUACUGUCCCCAUUACCGACACGAUUACUGACACGACAGUGCGCAGCAUGUAAAUGAUGGUAGCCACAUGUCAAAUGUCAUUGCAAAAAGCAAAGAUAAAUCGUAAAGAAAUUUCAUUUUUGUAGUUGUUGUUCAGUGUUUGUUUCAUGUUUCUCUGCACAACAACUUGGUGGUUGGUGCUAGCGGCCAUGUUCAGCUAAUCAGCUCGUCUCUAUGGCUGAAUCUGGACGCUGUACUCUGUAGACAAACUGGUUCUAAUAAUGUACAUUCUUUGGAACUAGUUCCAUAGUA